CCGUCCGCGCGCCCUGUAUCGUAUGCGUUGUGGUCGUGCGCGUGCCUCUGCUAGCUAAGCUAAGCUUGUGUGACUUGCACCGUACCCUAGCUAGGAGCGACGUCGACGAAGGGCAUGGCGGCGGCGACGGGGAUGCAGCUGGCGCUGCUGCUGUGCUUGGUUGUGCUGGUGGCGUCCCCGCGGGUGGCGCUGGGCAACUGCCGCGACGACUGCAUGGCCGCCUGCAACGGCUGGCACGUCAUGUGCCAGCUCUCCUGUGGCAGCGCAUGCUACGGAGAAGUCGGGAUCACAACCUUAAGUACGCCGGAUGAAUCAUCAGCCAGAGCAGAAGCGCCUGCAUCUGCUGCACCAGCACCACAACAAGCACAAGAACAAGAAGAGGGAGGCGGCGUGUCCGGGCUCAAGCCAUCACCGGCCCGUGGAUGAACGCCAGCCAGCCAGCCAGCCAGGCACAGCAACUCACUUAAAUUAAUUACUUGUUCCGUGCGGUCGGUUGGCCCAUACUCAUGAUUAAUUUAAUUAUAUAAUACUCUGAGAAAUGAAACAAAAAUUAUAUAUCAAGAAUACGUGAUGAUCGAUAGUGACUAACUCA